CGUCUCUCCAGCGCCUGACACUCCGGUCGUCGCCGGCUUUCCCCGCGGUCCCGGGCCCGACCUCAGGCUUGCAGACAGGACGGGGACCGUGGGCCCCUAGUCAGCCUCGAGGGGACGGAGGGACCCCCCUUCUCCUUUCGUCCCUGUCAGGGACGGCGGGACCUCCAAGUCAGCCCCUCGGAGAACGGCAGGACCCUGCCUCCGUCAUUCCUCUGGGAGCAGCGGGACACCGCUCCUGUCAGCCUGUCGAGCCAGCAGGGAGCCCUUCUCCGGUGGUCCUCGCCAGGGACGGUGGGACCCCCAGGUGCGGUGCGAUGCCCGGGCCUCGGCGCCCCCAGUGGCCAUGGAAGACGCCCCUCUGUUGGGCAGCAUGUCCAGCCCCGAAGACGAGAUGGUGACAGACCUCUUCAGCGCCGAGAGUCAGUUUGUUCCCGAAAACCUUCCCCUGAAAACUGCCGUGGCGGUGAAGCACGAGGAAGACGAUUUUCACGUCUUCAGGGACGCGUACCUGGGCCCUGCGGAUCCCAGAGAGCCCCUGUUGCACGCGUUCAGCCCUGCCCUCGGUGGGGACUGCCAGCGCAAGGUCAAAGUGGAGCUGCUGGUGGAUGAAAACGGAGACGAGGGACUCCUAGGGGAGUACCCGAGCCUCCCGGAGCUCAACCCUCUGGACGACGCCGUUCUCUCUGCCGCCCCGCAGCCUCAGGCCUACAACGUCCAGUUCCUGUCCUCCCUGCUCACCCCGCACAGGAGUUCUGCCGCCGUGCCCCUGGGCGCCUGGGCCAGGGAGGGAGCUGCCCACCCCGGUGUCCGCGUGAUUCCAGUGGAAAUCAAGGAAGCAGGUGGUUCUAUCACAAGCAACAGUCUGGAGGAAGCAGCUUUUCAGCAUCCUCUGGCCCAGGAGUCAUGCUGCAAGUUCCCAUCGUCUCAAGGAGCAGAGGACGCCUCUGGCUGCUCUCAGAAGAAAGACUCUAACCCAAUGGUGAUAUGUCAGUUGAAAGGGGGUACACAAAUGCUGUGUAUAGACAGUUCUGGCACAAGAGAACUAAAAGCACUUCAUUUGGUUCCUCAGUAUCAAGACCAAAAUAAUUAUCUACAGUCAGAUGUCCCUAAACCCAUGACUACUUUAGUAGGAAGAUUUUUGCCAGUACCAGCAAAAUUAAAUCUCAUUACACAACAACUCGACAGUGGGGCCUUACCAUCUGCACUCAACGGGUCUGCUUUCCCCUCAGGAUCAACUCUUCCAGGACCACCACCAAAAAUAACUUUGGCUGGGUAAGAAUUAGAAGCAAUUGUCACUUUAAUGUAAGAGUUUAAGAGGCUCUUGGGUACAUUUGUGAUUUUUUUCUGAGUUUAAAAUUAGCUUUACCUGCAAACC